CGGAGGAUAAGACAUGGAAUCUUCACAGUACGUGAAGUACCACACCCAGGAGAACAAGACGCUGGACCCGUGGUGAGGAGGCAGCCCGCACAGAAAAUAACUGUAAUGAUGUGGAAUGAAGAAGCCAAGGAGAGGUUGAGAGACUGCUUCGAGACAACAAUCUGGGAGACUUUCUCUCUAACAUCGACGGCUUCAACGACUGUUUCACAGAUUACAUAAAAUUGUGUGAGGAUAACGUCGCACCAACCCGCAGGGUGCGGUGCUUUGCCAACACCAAGCCAUGGGUGACCCCUCAACUUCAAGUCCUGCUGAACAAGAAGAAGAGGGUGUUUGCUUCAGGGAGCAGAGAGGAGCUGAAAGAAGUCCAGCGGGAGCUCAAGCAGGCGAUCAGAAAGGCGAAGGACAUCUACAAGAAGAAACUGGAGGAGCAAAUGGGGCAGAGUAGGACGAGGGAUGUGUGGAGAGGCCUGAAGAACAUCACAGGUCAUGGACAGAGUGGAGCCCGAGACACAGCAGGGGGGGACCAGCGUUGGGCCACUGAACUGAAUCAAUACUUCAACCGAUUCGAUCAGGGCCCCCCUCCCCUCUCCACCUCUGCCCUCCACUCCUCACAUGCCUGCUCUCCAGUGGCCACAGCCACCAUCCACCAACCGUCUUCACCUCCAAAACACCUCAAUCCAACACCCCACCCCCCACAGAGGUGGCCAUCUGCAGCAUCGGGGCACCUCAGGGGACGGUGCUCUCACCAUUCCUCUUCUCCCUCUACACCUCGGACUACACCUACAACUCCAGCAGCUGUCACCUCCAGAAGUUCUCCGAUGACUCAGCCAUUGUUGGCUGUGUGUCUGAGGGGGGACGAGCUGGAGGGGGACGAGCUGGAGUACAGGUCGGUCAUCAAGGACUUUGUGGACUGGUGUGAGAGCAACUUCUUGUGCUUGAACACCGGAAAGACGAGGGAGAUGGUGAUCGACUUCCGGGAAAAGACCCCACCACACCCACCGGUGAGCAACCAGGGCUCGGACAUUGAGCUAGUGGAUAAUUUCAAGUACCUGGGUGUUCACCUCAACACUAAACUGAACUGGACCACUCACAUCGACGCCCUGUACAAAAAGGGUCAAAGUCGCCUCCACCUCCUGAGGAGACUGAGGUCCUUCGGAGUGUGCAGACCUCUACUCCGGACUUUUUAUGACUCUGUGGUGGCCUCUGCCAUACACUAUGCUGUGGUUUGCUGGGGAGCGGGCAGCAUGGACCGGGACAGAAAGAAACUGAACAAGCUGGUCAGGAGGGCCGGCUCUGUCCUGGGCUGCUCGCUGGAAUCGGUGGAGGAGGUGGGACAGAGGAGGACGUUAUCCAGACUUUUACUAUAUUAUCUGGGGGAGGGUGGAGCUGAGGACCGGCCCGUGACGGUAGGAUGCAGGGUGAGGAUGGCCACGCCCAGUCAGCUGCAGACAGACAGACAGACAGAGAGCAAAGCGGCCAAUUAG